AUGUCUGAAACUUUCGAGUUCCAGGCUGAGAUUUCUCAGCUUCUCUCCCUCAUCAUCAACACCGUCUACUCCAACAAGGAGAUCUUCCUUCGAGAGCUUGUUUCCAACGCUUCCGAUGCCCUCGAUAAGAUCCGCUACCAGUCCCUCUCGGAUCCUUCCGUCCUCGAGUCGGGCAAGGAUCUGAGGAUUGACAUUAUUCCCGACAAGGAGAACAAGACCCUCACUAUCCGUGAUACAGGUAUCGGUAUGACCAAGGCUGAUUUGGUCAACAACCUUGGUACCAUUGCCAGGUCCGGCACCAAGCAGUUCAUGGAGGCCCUCACCGCUGGUGCUGACGUCUCCAUGAUUGGUCAGUUUGGUGUUGGUUUCUACUCUGCCUACCUCGUUGCCGACAAGGUGACUGUCAUCUCCAAGCACAAUGACGAUGAGCAGUACAUCUGGGAGUCCAGCGCCGGUGGCACUUUCAACAUCAUCCCCGAUACCGAGGGUGAGCAGCUCGGCCGCGGUACCAAGAUGAUCCUCCACCUCAAGGAUGAGCAGACUGACUACCUCAACGAGUCCCGCGUCAAGGAUGUAAUCAAGAAGCACUCCGAGUUCAUCUCGUACCCCAUCUACCUCCACGUCCAGAAGGAGAUUGAGACCGAGGUGCCCGAUGAGGAGGCCGAGGAGGUUGAGGAGGACGAUGACAAGAAGCCCAAGGUCGAGGAGGUCGAUGACGAGGACGAGGAGGCGGAGAAGAAGCCCAAGACCAAGAAGGUCAAGGAGACCAAGAUUGAGGAGGAAGAGCUCAACAAGCAGAAGCCCAUCUGGACCCGCAACCCCCAGGACAUCUCCCAGGAGGAGUACGCCUCCUUCUACAAGUCGCUCUCCAACGACUGGGAGGACCACCUUGCGGUCAAGCACUUCUCGGUCGAGGGUCAGCUCGAGUUCCGUGCCAUUCUCUUCGUCCCCAAGCGUGCUCCCUUUGAUCUCUUCGAGACCAAGAAGACCAAGAACAACAUCAAGCUCUACGUCCGCCGUGUCUUCAUCACCGACGACGCCACCGACCUCGUUCCCGAGUGGCUCAGCUUCGUCAAGGGUGUUGUGGACUCUGAGGAUCUCCCCUCAACCUGUCUCAACAUUGUCAAGAAGUCGAUGGAGCUCUUCACCGAGAUCUCGGAGGACAAGGAGCAGUUCGACAAGUUCUACUCUGCCUUCAGCAAGAACAUCAAGCUCGGCAUCCACGAAGACUCGCAGAACCGCGGCACCCUUGCCAAGCUUCUCCGAUUCAACUCGACCAAGUCGGGUGAUGACCAGACGUCGUUCGCCGACUACAUUACUCGCAUGCCCGAGCACCAGAAGAACAUCUACUACAUCACUGGCGAGUCUCUCAAGGCUGUCACCAAGUCUCCCUUCCUCGACUCCCUCAAGGAGAAGGGUUUCGAGGUUCUCUUCCUUGUUGACCCCAUUGACGAGUAUGCCAUGACUCAGCUCAAGGAGUACGAGGGCAAGAAGCUUGUUGAUAUUACCAAGGACUUCGAGCUCGAGGAAACCGAGGAGGAGAAGAAGACUCGCGAGGAGGAGGAGAAGGAGUACGAGGCCCUUGCCAAGGCUCUCAAGAACAUUCUCGGCGACAAGGUCGAGAAGGUUGUUGUCAGCCACAAGCUCGGCCUCUCUCCUUGCGCCAUCCGUACCGGCCAGUUUGGCUGGUCUGCUAACAUGGAGCGUAUCAUGAAGGCCCAGGCCCUCCGUGACACGUCGAUGUCGAGCUACAUGUCGUCCAAGAAGACGUUUGAGAUCUCGCCCAAGUCUUCCAUUAUCAAGGAGCUCAAGGGCAAGGUUGAGUCUGACGGCGAGAACGACCGCACUGUCAAGUCCAUUGUGCAGCUCCUCUACGAAACCUCUCUUCUCGUCUCUGGCUUCACCAUUGACGAGCCCGCCAGCUUCGCCGAGCGCAUCCACAAGCUCGUGCAGGUUGGCCUCAACAUUGAGGACGAGGCCAAGACGGACGAGGAGACCGCCGAGGCAGGCGCCACGGCUGCCGAGACUGGCGACAGCGCCAUGGAGGAGGUUGACUAA